CGACCUGGUCCCCGCCGCCGCCGCCGCAUCCUCCGCGCCUGCCAGGAGCCGGAGUCCCUCGCGCCCCCUCGCGCCUGGCCUGGCCAUGGCUUCUGUCACGCUGAUGCCUCUCUUGCUGCUGCUGCUGCUGCUGCUGCUGCAGCCUCCGCCCGCCACCCCCGCGCCGCCUGCCCGCGACCCCUUCGCCCCGCAGCUUGGGGACACGCAGAGCUGCCAGCUGCGGUGCCGAGACCGCUACCCUAGACCGCAGCCCCCUCAGGAGGAGCUGGAGAAUUACCCCACUGAGUCUCUGAAUGCGCAUGACAGGGCUGUCCUGAUCAGCGCUUGCGAGCGAGGCUGCCGCCUCUUCUCCAUCUGCCGAUUUGUGGCCAGGAGCUCCAAGCCCAAUGCCACCCAGGCUGAGUGUGAAGCAGCCUGUGUGGAGGCCUAUGUGAAGGCGACUGAGCAGCAGGCCUGCAGCGAGGGCUGCUGGAGCCAGAACCCAGAGCCAGAGCCUGAGCUGGAGUCGGAGCAGAAGAGAAAGGUCCUGGAAGCUCCGAGUGGGGCCCUCUCGCUCCUGGACUUGUUUUCCACCCUCUGCAAUGACCUUGUCAACUCGGCCCAGGGCUUCGUCUCCUCCACUUGGACAUACUACCUGCAGACUGACAAUGGGAAGGUGGUGGUGUUCCAGACCCAGCCUGUGGUAGAGAGCCUGGGGCAUGAGGGGGCCCAUCUGCAGCGAGUGGAGGUGACCUGGCGGGGAUCCCACCCUGAGGCCUUGGAGGUGCAUGUUGACCCUGUAGGCCCUUUGGACAAGGUCAGAAAGGCCAAAAUUCGAGUCAAGACCAGCAGCAAGGCCAAGGUGGAGUCUGAUGAGCUGCAGGACAACGACUUCCUCAGUUGCAUGUCCCGGCGCUCGGGGCUUCCUCGCUGGAUCCUGGCCUGCUGUCUCUUCCUCUCUGUGCUGGUGAUGCUGUGGCUGAGCUGCUCUACUCUGGUGACCGCACCCGGCCAGCACCUCAAGUUUCAGCCCCUGACUCUGGAGCAGCACAAGGGCUUUAUGGUAGAGCCAGACUGGCCCCUGUACCCUCCCCCAUCGCACGCCUUUGGGGAUAGCCCCCCACCCUACAAGCUGAAGCUGGACCUGACCAAGCUGUAGGACUGGGGCUCCAUUGCCAAGGACUGGGGCUUCUCUGGCCUCACUUGCCCUUUGCCUAGGAGUCCAGGCCAGGGCAGAACCAUCCUUAGGCUCCUCCUUCCCUAAAUUCUUCUCUCCCCAGCCCUGCCCCCACUCCCUGGAUCCUGGGGUUUCCAUGGCCCUGCUGAGGGUGCAGGGUCUGGCCUUAGUUCUCUCUGCCCCCUUCCCCCAGAGCAUUACUUUUGUCUUCUAUCGUUACUUUUGUCUUCUAUUGUAUAGCUUCUUGAGAAUUGGAACCCCUUCUGUGCUGCCUAUCUCCUUCCUCCUCUCUCCCCUCUCUGGGGGUCUGAGGCCGCAGGGGAGCCGCCUUGUGCUAGGGCUUCCCCUUUUCUUCCCGCCCCACCUGUGGAGAUCUAGCCCCAUGAGAGGACAGGACUAGAGGAUGCUCGGAGGCAGGAGGCGGUGGGUAGCUUCAUGCUGGCGGUGUGGAUGAGCCUGGAGUUGCAGCACGGGGGUUGGGAGGAAUAAACCCUGUAUAUGAAAAAA